AUGUUUGCCGAUUCGGCUUUUUUUGGAGGGGAAGAUAGUGACCUGGAAGAUUAUCAAGAUUCCAUCGAUGUUCGUUGGAUCCAGGGCCGCUGCAGACCACGGCAGGCGGAACGCAGGACUGUUUCCGAAGGAUUCUACAGCAUGCAAGGAUUUCCAGGCGUUGUUGGAGCAAUCGACUGCACGCACGUCCCCAUCCAGUCGCCUGGAGGUGAUCAUGCCGAACUGUAUCGGAACCGGGCCGGAUACUUUUCUAUUAAUGUGCAGACAGUGUCAGACCAUCAACUCUGCAUCCGCAACAUUGUGGUCCGGUGGCCAGGCUCGGUGCAUGACAGCACAAUUUUUGGCAACAGUGCUUUAAAAGCACUGUUUGAGAGUGGACAGAUGAAUGAGAGCAUUUUGCUAGGAGAUGGAGGCUAUGCCUGCUCCAGGUACCUCUUCACACCAGUUGCUGCUCCGAAGACGCCAGCUGAGAGAGCCUACAACCGAGCCCACAUACCCGCACGCAGUACUGUUGAAAGGCAGUAUGGCGUGUGGAAGCGCCGCUUCCCCGCUCUGGAGUUUGGACUCCGCAUCAAGCUGGGGACUGCACUGUCCAGCAUCGUGGCCAUGGCAGUGGUCCACAAUCUGGCACUCCAGCUGGGUGAAGCCGAACCACCCGUAGACUUGAGGUUGGCAAGUCGUCGACGCGUCUUCUCAGAUGUAGUAGUAGAGCAUGUUCCUGAGCACCAUGGCAGGACCAGUGCAAGAUCGGCACUCAUUGACCAGGUGUUUGCCAGGCGAGCCCGUGUAGCGAGGCGAAGGGAGUAA